AUGGCCCCCCUCGCUGGAACGACUGGUUCUGAACUGUCAAGGGGACGAUGGUUAUUCGCCUUUGCCCUAGUUACUUCACUGUUCUUCACCUGGGGUUUUGCGUACGGUCUUCUAGAUGUUCUCAAUGCCCACUUUCAAACGAUCUUCGGGAUAUCCAAGGUUCAGAGUACGCUGCUACAAUUAGCGUACUUUGGUGCAUACCUGGUCUACGCACCAUUUGCUAGCUUUUUCAUGAAGCGAAAAGGAUACAAAGCUGGUAUACAUAUGGGUCUAGGCCUUUACAGUCUCGGUGCCGUCUUCUUUUGGCCAUCUGCUGUUUAUCAGAAAUACGGUGGAUUCGUUGCCUGUACCUUCGUCAUCGGCUGCGGACUUGCCACCCUGGAAGUCGCGGCCAAUUCGUACAUCGCUGUGUUAGGAACACCGCGAUAUGCUGCCGCCAGGCUUAACUUUAGUCAAGGUUUCCAAGGUGUAGCGUCGUUCGCUGGACCGUUGAUCGCUUCAAGGUGGUUCUUCACUGGGGCAAACGCCACGAAAUUGGACACUGUACAAUGGGUGUAUCUCGCCGUCGCAGGCCUUGGUAUCGUUCUAAACGUCCUCUUCUACUUCUGCGAUCUACCUGAAAUUACCGAAGACGCUUUGUCGCAAGAGAUUCAUCAAGCUGGUAUUACUGUGGAUGACCAGCCAUUUUGGAGACAAUGGCGGUGUAUCUUUGGGUUUGUGGCGCAGACGUGUUAUGUUGGGGCCCAGGUUGGGGUAGCUGCCUUCGUCGUGAAUUUGUUGGUCGAUCAGAAUAUUGGGAUCAGUAAAUCCAAAGCCAGUCAAUUGUUCUCGUUCUGUCAAAUAACAUUCACAGUUGGGAGAUUUGUGGGAGUUGCCAUUCUCAACUUUGUGGACCCGGCGUUGUUAUUGACGUUCUACGCCAUAUGCUGUUGCGUUUUCUGCGGUUCAGUAGCGGGUUUACCAGGACAAGCAGCCGUUGGAUGCUUGUUUGCAUUGUUCUUCUUCGAGUCUAUUUGUUAUCCGUGUAUCUUCACAUUAGGAACGAAAAACUUGGGAAAACAUACCAAGCGAGGCUCGGGCUUAAUCGUCAUGGCAUGUAAAACAGGAGUUGGAGGCGGAGCAUGGUACCCUCCCGCUCAAGGCGGCUUGGCGGACAGGGCCUAUACUCGGAGGUCAUAUCUUGUCCCUCUUUCCGGUUACCUGGUCGUAGUACUUUAUGCAGGUGGAAUGGUCAUCUCCCAGGCAAUGAAAGACGGUUUCAAUUUCCGCAAUGUUGACGAAUUGGCUCGAAAGAGAAUGGAUACGGACGCCCUCCCAGACGAAUCGAGCCGGGUGUCGCACGAUGACAAGGAGAAGGCGGGUACCGCCCACAUUGAGGCAGUAUAG